AUGGGCUGUGCCCAAGAGACUGGCAGAAGCAUUCUGCUUGACCCCAGGGCUGAGGGUGCCUCCCAUGCUGCCACAAGGCUUCUGGCUUUACAGGAGUUCAGAGCUGCCAAUACUGUAAAAAUCAAUCCUGACACUCCCCAGAAGAAUGCUCGCUUCCUAACGCUGGAAGCAAGGAAGACUCUGUUGGUUCCCACACCUCGGCUGAGAACUGGGCUGUUCAAUAGGAUUGUUCCACCUUCAGGUGCAUCUAAGGAGAUCCUGAAAAUAUGUGCUACAUCCCAGGGUGUAAAGGAGUUCAGUGUGCCUGUAGGUCUGGAUGGGAAAGCACGAGUGGACUUGGUUGUUGUAGGAUCAGUGGCUGUCUCAGAAAAAGGCUGGAGAAUUGGAAAAGGGGAAGGUUAUGCAGACAUGGAAUAUGCAAUGAUGGUGUCAAUGGGUGCAGUGCAGGAGGACACACCUGUAAUUACUAUUGUGCAUGACUGUCAGGUGCUUGACAUAGGAGAAGAACUUCUUGGUGAUCAUGAUCUGACUGUGGAUUAUAUACUGACUCCAACAAGAACUAUCAAGACUGACUGCAAACGACCAAAACCUCGGGGGAUAAUAUGGCAUAAGGUCAGCUAUGAGAUGCUGGAAAAAAUCCCCAUCCUGAAGAGUCUUAGAUACAGAGAGAAACAGGCUGGCAAGGAUGUUACCCUCCAAGAUGAACAGUCGGACUUGACAAAUGCCAACACACCAGCAGCAGUAAAUGAGAAGGUGGUGGCUGAAAAUUCAAGACCCCAGGCUGCCAUGGGCUUGGCCCAACCAGGACAACAUUGUGUUGGAAGUGCUUCUUUAAGUCCCAGAUUAGAGGGAUCUGGGAUGAUUACUACUGUGUAUGUGGGGAACAUCCCUCCCAGCGUCAGAGUGAGUGAGCUGAAAUCUGCUUUGAGGGAAUUCCAUGCAACUCCUUUCCGACUGAACUGGCAAGGAGCUCAGCACAGGGCUUUUCUUGAUUACAAAGAUAAAACAACUGCAGAGAGUGCUGUGUCCUCUCUGAAAGGCUUGAGCCUCGGGGGCAAUACUUGGCGAGUUGAGCUGGCCAAGAAUCAGAGAAACAAAGGGCAAGUAGAAAUCAAUAGUCAGAAAUGAAUAUGAAUAGAGG